CCAGGCGUUCGGCCCACUGCAUGCUGGAACUUGUAGUUUAUUACGAGCUGGAAGCCAGCCGGCGGCGGAGUCCAACAGACUCCAUGUCCCAGGAUUCAACAGUUCCGUACGCCUGACCUCUCAGAUACACGCUGACAGCAGCUCACAACCAUGCCUAGGGCCCGAAGAGGUAACCACUCUGCCAAAAAGGGCGGCGGGAGUCGCGGCUCUCUGAGGCAGGAGCUGCUGCAGCUGAAGGUUUCGGACAGGCUCAACCAGCUGAAAGGCUCUCGCAAUGGGACCCGCGGAGAUUCUGAGGCCAGUGAAGAUGAAGCAGCCAGUGACGUCCUUAGUCACUGUAGCAGUGCCAGCGAAACCGUCAGCGUGGCAGAGGAAGGGACAGGCAAUGAGGUGGAUUAUCAGGCCCAACUGGAACAGCGUCUGGACAAGCUGAAAGAGGAUAUAGAAAAUGUGAUGGAUAAAAGUGUGAAGACACGAUUAGCUGCACUAGGGAAUUUGCGGCUUGCUCUGUCUUCACAGGUCCUUGCAGACUUCUUGGUAGAGAGACGAAUCACCCUCGCGGAGGCACUGGAACGCUGCCUGAAGAAAGGGAAGGAAGAGGAGCAGACAGUGGCUGCCAUUGUACUGUCCCUUCUGUGUAUACAACUAGGUUGUGGUGCAGAAGGAGAGGAGCUGUUCCGCUGCGUAAAGCCAGUACUUACAAAUCUAGUUACUGACUCCAGUGCUGGAUUAUCUGCCCGUCAGAGUUGCGCCACCUGCCUGGGACUGUGCUGUUACAUUGCUGCUGAGGAUGUGGAGGACCUGAUUUCUACCGUUUGCUGCCUGGAGGGAAUUUUUACUUCCUGUUAUUCCAACUGCAGUGCACCCAGUCCUGCCCUGCAAGGCCUCCUCUGCUGUGCCAUGCAAUCCUGGGCUCUAUUGCUCACCAUAUGCCCAGCCAGCCAUGUGCACAAAGUACUGGAGAGUCACUUACCUCGGUUACCCGGAAUUCUGUCCUGUGAAAGUGUAAGCCUGCGUAUUGCCUCCGGAGAAAAUCUCGCCCUCCUGCAUGAGCUGGGUCAUGAUCUUGAUGAGGAUUUCUUCUAUGAAGACACGGAUAGCCUUUGUGUGACGUUAAAAGCUUUAGCCACAGACAGCAACAAGUACCGAGCCAAGACUGACCGGCGUAAGCAGCGCUCUAUCUUCAGGGACGUAUUACACUACAUUGAGAACGGUGAGUUCCAGGAGGAAACCAUCAAGUUUGGUCUGGAGGUGAUGUUCAUGGACAGUUGGGCACGCAGGAGAACAUAUAAUGCGUUUAAGGAGAUUUUGGGCUCUGGAAUAAGACAUCAUUUACAGUAUAAUGAGGUUCUGCGUGAAAUCUUCUCCCUUGGUCCUCCCCUGGUUCUGGAUGCUGCAACAAUCAAGGCCAGUAAAAUCUCCCGUGUAGAGAAGCACAUGUUUAAUUCAGCUGCCUUCAAAGCAAGAACGAAAGCCAGGAACAGGGUCCGGGAUAAGCGCGCCGAUGUCCUGUAACCAGUACCCGAUCACCUCCACACCAACCACUGUGACGACCGCCCUCGCUCGCCCGGGGGAUCUCUUCUACAGAUACGGACUCUUCUUAACCAAUCAAAAUCCCUUUUGCGCCGGCUCAUCCGCCAACCUGCACAGCAACACAGGUCUCCCUUUAGAGGUCGAUGGCCGUUGAAUAUGACUGAUGCUACGUUGGCAUUUGCCGAUUUUAUUUAGACAUUUUUAACCAAAACGAACAGCUGUUUAUUGGUCCAAAAGCAGCAUUAUGACCCCCAAAGGGACAAUAUAAAAGGAUCCUGGAUUUUUGCCUGAUGUUAUUUUUGGACUAUCAGCCUGGGAACUUUACUAAAGGUUAUGUGAUCCUUAAGGACACAACACUUAAAAUGACAAGCAGGGAAACAAUACCCAGUCGGCAUAUUUGGUUUCCCAGCAUACAGAGAUAUCUCCAUUUAAACCUAUAAAAUAUCAGAUGAAAUUGAUUUUAGUAUUUUUGUGAAGGAUGCUGCUUAGCGUUAUUACUUGACCACUGUCUAAAUGAAUUCCUUCUGCCAGAGUCAGGGGGUUGGUGGAGCAGAUAUGACACAGAACUGGGUAACUGAGCCCUCUAUCCGCUGAUCGAUCCUUGCGAUUGGAUUUGGCAGUUCUUUCUCAGCGUGGGCCUUACAGGAUCUUACAUGCCCCGGUAAUGUUGUUACAUGCACCUCUAACAUGGGAUCACACCAGAUCUGGUACAUGACCACUGUCUGAUAAUCAUGUCAGACCACAGUGAUCUCUGGAUUUGAGGAGCACUGAUGUUGACCAAUUGCAUUGGACUGUGUAAUCGGGGGAUAUGUCAAUGUUGGUCAUAUUUGAGGUGCUUAAAUGAACAUUAUUUGCAUCAUAUUGAUAUUUUUUUAACUUUAUACUUUGGUCUUUUAAUGUUGCAUAUUUGCACCAUGAAUGUAGCAACAAAGCCAGUUGUUCCUGGCCUACAUGUGUAAUGCAAGAACAAACCUGUGCGCAUAGGAACUUGCAUGGUAUGUGCAGUAUCUGGUAUACCAUAAUGGUCUUUAUAGAAAAUAAGUGGGAUUUCAUUGCCGGAAUAGGUGCUAAAGUGUACUAGCCCUGUAACCAAUAGCAACCAGACAUUUGUUUCUGUUGUCUAACUAACACUAGAUUGAUGAACGUUAAUGUCUGGUUUCUAUGAGUUAGUGUGCUGCUGCAUUUUAGCUUCUGUGUUAGUAAAUAAGCCCAGUGAAAUCCUUAAUGUUUAUUGCCAUUACUUUAACGCCAUAUAACAGAUUUUCCAGCCUAUGGCUGCAAGGGACACUGGGUGUAUCAGUUGCACACCCCUGGUCAGACUUCCUAUAUCCGUCAUCAUACCAUUCUUUAAAGCAUAAGUAAAUAAUGAAAAAAAAAUAUUAAUGUAAAUUGCAAAAGUGCUUAGAAUAGUACUCUCGUCCAUUUUACAUUCACUAAAGGUUUACUUAUCCUAUAAACUACCAUAUAACACCUAGCCGCCACCAUCCCCCCUUUUCACUGCAGUGCCUGGGGCAGGUAAAACACUGCCCACUAACCUAUUUAUAUCACAGAUGCAACUAAAUUAUCAGAACAUCUAUUUAUCUCUGGAUUUUAUACAGUGAAUUCUGCUAAUAUUUUUUUGGGUAAAAGCCAAAACUUAGAUAAUAAAAUUUUUAAAGAUUGUUUAGUUUUUUUUUUUUCUUUGCUUUUGUGUCUUGAAUGUGCGAUAAAGAUGAUUAGAUGCUAUUUUGUAUUAAAUAUUCCCAUGAAAAUGCUAA